AUGGCUUAUCAGCAGUACGAUAACCGCAACUACCAGCAACCACCGCAACCACAACGCCAGCAAUACCAGCAGUCAUACGACCAAGGACACGCGCGCCAACCUGGAGGCUACCAACAGGCCCCGUAUAAUGGCCAGUAUAACGAUCAGCAAUAUGACUACGAUUAUGGCUACGACCAAGGACAGUACGAGCAGUGGGACGACGGCUAUUACGAUCACCACCAGCACCAGCAGCAACAGCAACAGCAACAGCAGGGUGGUGGAUAUGGCAAUGGGUAUCCGCCACAGCAACGGCAAGAUGGCUAUGACGAUAUGAAUGCACAUCGAGGCCAGCCUCCGCAGGGCCAGAGGCCGCCUCAUCCUCAUGAUCAGUAUUCACAAGAGCAGAGAUUCGAUGACCGUGGUUACCAACAACCUCAAGGCCGCGGCGACCCGCGAAACAGACAGAUCGGAUCGAAUGGGGCACCAGGACCAGGACCAGCAGAAAGAGGAAUGCAACGGGAUAACUCGCGCGGUCAAGGGGAUAGACGUCCCCAAAAUCUGCAGCAGGGCCAUUCGGAUCAUAGACCGCCGAGAACCGAGCGUGCACUCAUGUCGCCAGUCUCACCACAAUCAUUCUCUCAAGAUAACCCUUUCCCUACCUUCCCUUCGCAAAAACCUGUCCCUCGAGCGAAAACGGGAUCAAUGGAUGAAGCAAUGUCUCUAAUGAACCUAGGACAAGAUGACGCACAAAGGAGGCCACAAGGACCUCCACAGGGAAGAGGACGAGGGAUGAUGGGCCCGCCACCGCAUAAUCGAGGGCCACCUCCCCAGCAUCGAGGGCCACCCCCAGGAAGAGGCGGAAGUUAUCCCAACCCAGACAUGCAGAGGCAGGAUUCUGGACACUUUGAAGGAAACGGGCGGGGCCGUCAACCUCCCGCUGGUCGAGGAUAUCCACAGCAGAGACCGCCUACGGGGCCGCUAGACACAUCGCGAGUCCCCCAGCAGCGACCUUUCAACCCAGAAUCGCCCUCACAGCAAAGACCUGGACCCAACAUACAACGAGCUCAAACAUUGCCGCAAGAACGAUCGCAAGGUGUAAACACGGGUGCUUACAACGAUCCACAAGGAUGGGCAGAUCCAGGACCUGCAGCUGGAUACCAUGGGCCCGAAUCUCCAACUUACAUUCCUCCACGACCCUCGACCGCAUCAGGCACCAAGAAUGACGGCUAUCAAUAUGCGUCAAGGCCUAAUAUUCCACCAUUGCCACCAUUGCCACAACAGCAGCCGCAGCCGCAACCGCAAUCUCAACAAUAUCUGCAACCUCAAGACGAUAAUCGCGGAGACAUAGACAAUUUGUACGAUGAUUACUAUGGAGUGGAUGCGCCAUCGGACAGGAAAAGCCAUGCGUCAUCGAUCGACAUGCCUAAUUUUGACGCGAUUCCAGAUACGAGCAACCGACAUCGUAGAGGUUUCUCUAUUGAUAAUCAUCUUUCGCCCGUUGGAGCACAGCCAGAUAUGCAACCAGUGCCUUCAGCAAAUGCUACGCCAGACAGUGUGGCUACCCAGCAACCAGACUUCUAUCAACAAGCUGCAAAGAGUCGGUCUCAGCCCGACUUGCAUAGUCAAUAUUCCCAGGGUAAUGGCGUUUAUGAGAUGGCAGGUGAUGCUCCUGCGGUUCCUCCACUGCCAGCAGCCAAUACAGAGCGCCCUAUUCUGAAUGGCCUACCGUCUGGACCAAGGGGCAAAGCUCCACCUAUGCGAGGUUUGCCGCAAGAUCCUGCUCCCAGGAGAGGACCUACGCCUCAAGGCUAUGCUCCUGGGCAAGGGCAAAAUUUCGACCCGAAAUUUGCACAGCAGCAGCCACCGUUCCAUAGAGGAGAUUCAGGGGCGACAGCAUAUUCUGAACCAGGCGUCAACCCUAUGAGAAAUGGAUCUCCCAUGGUUUCCGGAAAUGCCAUACCCCGUCCUGGAACAGCAGCGCCUGCUCCUACUCGGAUGCCUGUGGAUCCUGUUCCAAGAAGAGCGGGUACAACGCAACCUUCGUCUAAUCCAGAUGCUCUACCGGCUCACCCCCUCCCAGUCCGCGCUGGCUUAAAUCAGCAACCUCAACAGCAGCAAAAUCCUGUUCCAGCACAAGCUGCGAGACCACCACCAGUCAGGCAAUAUCACACUGACCCCACACCGACCGGCCGUCCAGGUUCUGGGCCAUCCAAAGGUCGCCCUUCCGCACCGCAUCCUGUCACUCACGACGAACUAAAUCGACUCCGAAACACAUGGAAGGCCAAUCCCUCGGACAGCGCGACUGGCAUACAACUUGCCAAAAAGCUGGUAGAAGCUGCAACUGUCCUCGCUGAUGAGGGUGGCACGGCAGACAACAGGACAAAGAACAAGAAUCGUGAAAAGUUCAUAUUUGAGGCUCAUAAGACGGUGAAAAAGAUGGUGGCUGGUGGCUCGCCCGAUGCAAUGUUCUAUCUCGCCGACUGCUACGGUUCAGGUCAGCUUGGGCUUCAGGUCGACACAAAGGAGGCAUUUGUGCUCUAUCAAAGUGCAGCCAAGGCGGGCCAUGCUGCAAGUGCCUACAGGACCGCUGUUUGUUGCGAGAUGGGUCAUGAAGAAGGAGGUGGAACCAAGAGAGAUCCUCUGAAAGCUGUGCAAUGGUACCGCCGUGCUGCUGCUCUGGGCGAUACUCCCGCUUUAUACAAAAUGGGAAUGAUUCUGCUAAAGGGUCUUCUCGGCCAGCAGAAGAACCUUGGUGAGGCCAUCAAUAUGCUCAAGAGAGCCGCCGACCGUGCCGACGAACAAAACCCCCAUGCUUUACAUGAGCUGGCUCUAUUAUACGAGGCCCAGACAGGGAACGAACGGAUCAUUCGUGACGAAUCCUAUUCGGCACAACUCUUCAUGCAAGCUGCCGAACUGGGUUACAAGUUCUCCCAAUUCCGCUUGGGACAAGCAUUCGAGUAUGGACUCCUUGGCUACCCCGUAGACGCAAGAUCUAGUAUUGGCUGGUACACCCGGGCUGCAGCACAAGAGGAACAUCAAAGCGAACUUGCACUCUCGGGUUGGUAUUUGACAGGAAGUCAAGGAAUCUUGGAGCAGAGCGAUACAGAAGCGUACCUUUGGGCACGCCGAGCCGCAUGCGCAGAGCCACCCCUCUCCAAAGCCCUUUUCGCAAUGGGUUACUUCACAGAAGUAGGCAUAGGAUGCCCGAGAAGCUUAGAGGAAGCAAAGAGAUGGUACGGUCGAGCAGCCUCAUAUAAAUUCCCUAAGGCCCAGGAGCGUCUAGAGGAGCUCAAACGAGGUGGUGCCAAAGCACAGAAGGGUCGCGAGAGGCUGAGCAGGACGAACCAAAAGCAACACGACGAGAACUGCACAGUAAUGUAG